AUGUCUAGAAGAAAUAAGAAUUCUUCUGAUAAAGAUAAAGAUUUAGAUUCCAAAGUUGUAGAUGACAAACUACCUUUGAAGGAUUUGUUGAAUGAUGAUGAUGACAAUGAUAAUAUAGAUACGAAUGCUCUACUUGUUGAUUCCGAUUCAGAGGAUUCUGGUGACGAAGUACAAAAAGAAAUCAAAUCUAAACUUAAAGAAGUAGUUAAUAAGAGAUAUCACGAUAGAGCUGAAUUCGAAAGAGAGAUAAACAACGAUUCAAAGAUUCCAUACAUCAUUGGUGGCAUACUGUUCAUUAUCACUGCUUAUUUCAGUUGGCAAUUUCAUACUUUUGGAACUACACAAUCAGAAUAUAGAGAAAGUAUGUCAAGUAGUGGUACGAAAGCUUCUGAUUCAGAGAUUAUUAUUUCCAGUGAUGAAAGUGACUCUGAAGAUGAUGAGGUGAACAGUCAAGAUACAAGUGUACAUGAUAUACCCAAUUUACAAACACAAACAACAUCAACAUCACAUAAUAAUAAUAAUAAUUCAUCAUCAACGUCACUAAAUGUUAACAAUUCACUUACAAGUCAUACAAUUGGUGGUAGAUCUAAUACGGUAUCUACUUUGUCAUUGAAAAGAGGUAGAGAAUCAACAUUAGAUAUUCAACAACAACAACAACAAGAAGAAGAAGAAGAGGAAGAAGAAGAGGAAGAGGAAGAAGAAGAAGAAAAAGAUAAUGAUACCACCAAAGUUGAAGAUAAAAAAGCAAAAAAUGAGUUACAACAUGUCAAUGCUGCUCCACCAUUUAAACAACAAACACAACAGAAAUCAAUACAAGUUGAACAGACUAAAGUAGAAGAAAAGGUUAUCAAAAAAGAGAAAUGUCUUUCACUAAGGAAUUCAGUUUUAUGGAUAUCUGUUUUUGCUAUUAUCACAGGUAUUCUUUUCAAUAUAGAUUUGAAAUCAAACCAAUUGAAAGAUUCCGUCAACAAAAUAUUUAAACAAUCAUUAUUAAAUCAAGAGGAUCAUCAAUAUGGUCAACAUUAUGCAAUGAGAUCUCAUCGUAAUUCAAAACAGCUAGAGAAACCUUUGAGUUACCAUCUAUCAUAUCCAUCGAGCGCAAAGAAUGAAAUGUUUGCUUUCAUUCAACAGUUUUAUACUCAAGUAUUCAAGAAUCAACAGCAACAGCAACAACAAAAACAACAAUCAGGUUCAUCAUCGUCGAAACAAUGUAUGCAUCACUUAAGAGUGGAUACCGAUGACUUUGUAGGAUUUGCAAGAUCAAUGUUGAAAUCGAUCGGUGACUGCGAACGUGUGUUGUUCUACACCUAUGCAGAUGAGAAGACCGAUCUUGCUUUGUUGGAUUCCGUCUUUGAUGGAUCAUUACGUUUGAAUUCGAUCGAUCCUUACUCAUUUACACUCAACCAUACAUUCGUACUGCUGACAAACGUAGGUCAAUCGAAACUAUCCGAAUUCUAUCAGAAUCAUAAUUACAAUCAGCAGCAGCAACAACAAGAAGAAGUUACAAAUAUAGAAUCAAUCGAUCUUGUUGAAAUACUAGUUAAAGAAUCGAAACAACAUUGGCAACAUAGAUUCUGCACACGAAUAUCAUCGAUGAUUCCUUUUAUAGAUGUAAAUCUACCGCCUGUAAAAAAUCAAUAA